AUGUCUUACUGUCAGGACAACCAGCCUCGGGCCAAAAGAAAGGCACAAGACUUUGAGUAUCCUCAGGUACUUAGGGCUGGGCAGGAAGAAGAGCCCACUGCCCUCACCUCAGGGCGGGGGGUGUCUGUUGCUAAGGCAUCAUAUGUUCCACAGAGUCCCCUGAGAGCUGACACUCCUCCAGAGAUCAUGAGCUCCAUUCCUGAAAACCCAUCUGAUGAGGCCUUCUGCAACCAAGAAGAGCCAGAAGGCCAUAUGUCCAGUCUGUGUCAUGAAAUAAACGAAAAGGUGUCCGAGUUGGUGAAUUUCCUGCUCGUGAAGUAUCGAAAGAAGGAGCUGACCAGUAAGGCAGAAAUGCUGGAGCAUGUCAUUGGAAAUUACCAGCAGUUCUAUGAUAGGAUCUUUAGUGAAGCCUGUGAGUUCAUGCAGUUUAUCUUUGGCAUUGAUGUGAAGGAAGUGGACCUUGUUUCCCACUCCUACACCCUUGUCACUGCCCUGGGACUCACAUAUGAUGGUAUGCUGAGUGAUGUCAAGGGUAUGCCCAAGACAGGCUCCCUGAUAAUCCUCCUGGGUAUCAUCUUCACAAAGGGCAACUGUGUCAGUGAGGAGGAGGUCUGGGAAAUGAUGAAAACCAUGGGGUUGGGUCCUGGGAGCGAUAGUUUCAUACAUGUGAAGUCCAGGAAACUGAUCACUGAGGACUUUGUGCAGGAAGGGUACCUGGAGUACCGCCAGGUGCCCCACACUGAUCCUGCUCAAUACGAGUUCCUCUGGGGCCCAAGGGCACAUGCUGAAACCAGUAAGAUGCAAGUCCUAGAGUUCUUUGCUAAGAUGAGUGGGAAUGACCCCAGAUCCUACCCCAACUUAUAUGUCAAGGCUUUGAGAGAUGAGGAAGAGAAGGCUAAGUCCAGAGUUGCCCCAGCAGAAGAAGGUCCUGCCAUGGACAGUGCCAGUUCUAGUGUGCAGGCAGCCUGCAGCGAUGAUUAG